UUGAUAAAAAUAAAAAAGUCUGAAAAUCAAAAAAUAAAAAAAAUUUGAUUAUAUCUAUUAAAGCAAGUAAUUUUGUUUUUGAAAUAUAGUUAACAAGUGUUAAUUUCGUCCUUUUCUGUUUCUCUCAUUUUUGUCCUUGAUCUUGGGCUGUCUUGGAUCCGUGAUUGUACGACGCAUCUUCAACAUAGAGCACUCAUUGGUCGAUUUUUUGCAAUUGAUAAAUAUAUGUGUACAUUUUUUGACGUUAAAAAAUUGUCGGUGUCGACUCGAAAUAAACAAGAUAGAUAUAAAAGCAGGAUGUUCUUGACCUUAAAAAAAAUCGAAUACGUGUACAUUUCUUGAGACCGUCCAUUGACCUCAAAGAAUGAAGAAGUGACCCGUAAUAUCCGUGAUACUAGGGGGAACAGGUUUCUUUGAAUCACAAAUUCUAACUGGAAUUAACUCUAGAAUUAACAAGUUACUUCACCUGACGUUCAUCAACAGUGCUUCUCUUCGUUUAUGUGCGAUCGUAAAAAACUGUUUGCAGUUUUCUUUGACGUUAAAAAAUUUCAAUAAUAUAUAUUACAGUUGGUUUAAUAAUAUAAGUUUUAUACUAAAAUUUUUUUUAUCUGUUUUGCGAAAAAUUUCGCUAUUUUCAAGAUGGGUUAUUUAAAAUCAAUUGGGGCCGGAAUUAUUUAUAUCGGAGUGAUUUUUGGCAUUCUUACAUUUGCUCCUGGUUAUCCUCCCGAAGCUAAUUUUACAGAGUAUACAAUAACAUCUCCAAAAGAAUUGCAAGGGAAUUCGGGGUUAAAUGAUCGAUUAAAUAAUGCAGAAAUAAUACUGAAAGGUAAACUACACGGACCCGAGGCAUUUGCAUCGUACAAUGGUGAACUUUAUACCGGACUCAAUGGCGGUUACAUAGUAAAAAUAAAAGAAAAUCAAGAGGUCGUACCUAUUGCGAAAUUUGGAAAAAAAUGCGACGGCGAUUGGCAAGAAGAGACUUGCGGUAGACCUUUAGGUUUGAGAUUCAAUAAAAACGGAGAACUUUUCGUAGCCGAUGCAUAUUAUGGAAUUUUUAAGCUUGAUGUGAAUUCAGGAAAAUAUGAAAAAAUCAUUGACAUAAAUACACCGAUUGAUAACAAAGUGCCAAAAAUUGUUAACUCUUUGGAUAUAGCAAGUAAUGGAGAUAUUUACUGGACAGACUCUAGCACAGAAUUCGCUCUUCAUGAUGGAGUUUACACGUUCCUUGCAGAUCCGAGUGGAAGGCUCCUGCGAUAUAACGCCAAGACGAAAAAGAACCAAGUUCUGGUGGAGAAUCUUGGAUUUGGAAACGGAGUGAUUUUAAAUGCCGACGAAAGUUUUGUUCUCGUAGCCGAAACUUCAACGUCUCGUAUUGUCAAGUACAAUUUGAAAGGACCAAAGGCAGGGAAACAAGAAGUUUUUAUUGACGGACUUCCUGGUAUGCCCGACAACAUAGACAGUGAUGGACAAGGUGGAUUUUUAGUAUCACUCUUCACUUAUAUCGAUUCGCAAAAUCCUCAAAUCUCUCAAUCUCUGAUACCCCAUCCAAAUAUUCGAAAACUGUUGAUAAGACUGAUGUACUCUCUCGAAGCGCCUUUCAAACUUAUUCAAACUUACUAUCCAAAUCAAUGUGUUGAAAAAAUUAUUCAUUCAAUUGGACAUUUCUCAAGUAUGACAUUCAUGAGUUCUCAUCGUUCAGUGAUUUUGAGAAUUGAUUCCAAUGGAAAGAUUGUUGAUGUUGCUUCUGGAACUGAUGGUAAAAUAACUGCUAUUAGUUCUGGAUUUAUUCAUAAAGAAUAUUUGUUGAUUGGUUCACCGUUUAACGAUUAUUUUGCGCGAAUUCCAUUAAAGGAAGCUUUCCCAUCACUCGUUUUGAGUCCAAAAGCAACGACCGAAGACGCGAAAAAAGUCAAUAGCAUUCCCGAGGAAACAAAAAAACCACAAAAGAAAGCCACAGAAGAAAAAGCGAAAGAUAAAUCCGAAAAAUUGAGCGAUGGGGCGAAAACUCAAAAACAAAGCAAGACGUCGUGCGGUGUAUUUUUUGUUUUUAAUUUUAAAAUGCCUUCCGUUUGUGUAGUUCCAAAAUGUGACAGUAAAACAGAAAGAAAAAGUGUUUCGUGUUUUCAUGUGCCGCAAGAUGACAAAAUAAGACAAAAAUGGCAGCAAGCAAUACCUGGGGUUUUACGUUUAAGAUCUGCAAUGUCUGUGUGUGAAUUGCAUUUCAAAGAAGAAGAAAUUAUUAGAAAAGUACAAACAUAUAAUCAAGAAGACAACAUUAUUUAUGAAAAAAAUUUAAUAAAGCCGCGUUUACGUUUGGGAGCAGUGCCCUCGAUUUUUAACAAUAAUAAUAAGACUCAAAAUGACGUAGACAAAAACGGAAAUGCACCACUUACAUCGAAUAAUACGUCGACAAAUUCAAAUUUAAUUCAUGUUGAAGAUUAUUUCUACGAUAAUAAAGAAAAUGUAUCAGAUAAUGUCGGUUAUACAGUUGAUCCGGAUUAUGCGGUUCAUACGGUUCAAUUCAGUUCUGCUGUAACUUUUGAUUUGUGUUCACAAAGUAGUGAAUUUUCUGAAGAUGAACCAUGUAGCAUAGAUAUACCUAAGCCGUGGAGUGUACUUAAAUCUCAGACAGGAAAAGAAGAAAGUUUGUUAUUUGUAUGCUUUGUUAACAAAGAAAAUGUUAAAACACAUACAUUUGAGAAGGUUGUUGUGAUGAGUAAAAAUAGAGAAUUGCAAUACGAAGUACAUUCAAAUACUGUGAAUGCCGAAAUGUUUGAAUUACCGAAAAAAGUAGAUAAUGUUAAAAAUUUGCCACAAAUUCUACAAGGGUUCAAAAAAUUUUGUGCUUGUGAAGGAAUAAAUAUAAACGAUGUUGAUUGUACAUCAAACUUGUUAAAUUGUAAUAAUUACAAUCUUUCGGGAUGUCGGUCAAAAAAUUGUUCUUUAUUAUCGCUAAACUACAGUAAAUGUCGUGAUUGUAAAAAAUUGUCAAAACUUUUGUCGCAGCAAAAACGAAGAUUAAAAAAACUAAGCAAUAAUGAGGAGAUUAAAAAAUUAAAACCUUCGAGUCAAAUAAAACUAAAAGCACUUCAGAGGAAAAAUCAAAGGAGAAGAAAAGAAUUAAUUCGUUUAAAAUACAGAUUACAUGUUUUAGAGAAAUCUCUCGAGAAAAAUCAAUGUAAUAUUGCUAACAUUAAUGAAAAUGAUUUUGAUAAAAAUUCCUCAUCUUUAAAUAUGUCUCAAAAUCAGAAGAUGAUAGUGAAAGAAAUUAUUCGUGCUGCUAAAUACACAAAUCCAAAGGGUCGACGUUAUUCAGACGAUUUUAUAAUGCUGUGUUUACUUAUGAAUAUAAGAUCUCCUUCAUUUUAUGAAUUUUUAAGAAAAAAUGAUAUUCUUCCAUUACCGUGUUCCAAAACUGUACGAGAUUAUUUAUCAAUGAUUAGAACUAAAUGUGGCUUUGACGACGGCUUCUUUAAACUUCUCGAGAAAUCAUUUAAAGGAAAGGAUCCAAUGAAGCGCCAUGGUAUAUUAAUUCUAGAUGAAAUACAUUUAAGGAAAUCGAUUUCUGUUUCGUCGAAAGAUUUAACAUACUCUGGAUUAACUGAUUUUGGUGAAAAUAAUAAAAAGGGUGAAAAUCUUGACGCCGUAGCAACUCAUGGUCUCGUUCUCAUGUUCCAAUCUCUAACUGAAAAAUAUUCUCAGCCCAUUGCUGUUUUUGCCUCAAAAAACUCUGUUCAUGGAAAUGAAUUGGCGAAACUCGUCGUGCAAUCAAUCUACUAUUUAGAAAAUUGUGGGGCGAAAAUUCAUGGGAUUCUCGGAGAUGGUGCUUCAACUAAUGAUAAAAUGUGGAAACUAUUGAAUAUUAAAUCUUCACGAGAAGAUACAAAAUGUUGGUUUACACAUCCUUGUGAUGAAAAUAGAAAAGUAUUUAUGUUUUCGGAUGCACCGCAUUUAAUUAAAUGUAUUAGAAAUAGACUGUACAGUAAUAAUCUUCGUAUUCAUCCUGAUGAAAAUGAAAUAAAGUGGGAUUAUUUUCUACAUCUAUUUCAUGUCGAUAGUAAUCACGAGGCCAGAGUUCGUGCGUGCCCUAAAUUAACUAAAAGACAUAUUAAAUUAGAUCCUCAAGGACUAAUGCGUGUUCGAUAUGCAACUCAAAUUUUUAGCGAUUCAGUAGCAAAAGGUUUGAUAUUUUAUCAAAUGCACCAAUAUCCUCAGUUUGAAGGUUGUGAAGAUACAGCUAAUUUUUGCAUGAAAAUGAAUGAAAUGUUUGAUGCACUCAAUCGGCAUCAACCAAAUCAAGGUCUUACACCUAAUUCUAAAGAUUUUAAGGUGUUGCAAAAUAUUCUUCUGUGGCUAAACAAUUGGGAGAUAAAUCUUGAAAAUGGUCUAAUAGAUGAAAGUAAUUACCUAACGUUAGAAACAGCAGGAAGAUUACGAGUAACAAUUAUGUCAACACUGACUAUGUGUCACUAUUUAAUUGACAAAUUUGAUUUUUCUUAUCUUCUAACCGGAAAAGUUAAUCAAGACAAUCUAGAGAAAUUCUUUGGCACAAUUCGAUUGGCAGCUGGAUCCAAUGAGCAUCCCACAUGUCCAACGUUUUUGCAGUUAUACAAGUUGUUGGCUGCAUACAGUAUAUUAAAGCCGCCUAGAUAUGGAAAUUGUUUAGUGACUGAGCAGAAAGUUCAAAAUCUUAUCACAAUUUCAGAAAUUAAAGAAAUUUUUGAAAAGUCUCAUUCCAAAUCGACAUCACUGUUAAACAGUAUUAAAAACAAACUGGACAGUCUAAUUGAGGAAGACACCUGGGAAGUUGACGAAGUCAUUGAACAUGACUAUUCAAUUAGACCAGUUAUAGACUGCAUUAUUUAUUACACCACAGCCUAUUGGUCCAAAAAAGGAAUUGGUUUACAUUUUACAGCAACUUAACUGAGGCACAGAUGUUAUUUCAUCAAUAUUCUACCGAUGAUAUCUUUGUCGACAAAUUUUGAAGAAAAAAGACUACAGUCAAUGUGACUCUUGUAUUAAAGCUCUCACAUUUUGCGAUAAAAAGUCUGCAGUCAGCAACCUGGUAGAGUUAAAAGAUCAGGGUAGAUUAAUUCAUCCCAAUUACCAUUUUUUUAAUCUCAUUUGUUUCACAGAGACAGUUUUUCGCAAAUACGCUAACCAGCAACACGUCUUUGAUAAGGUUAUUGAUGAAGUUACAGACAAUUAUAAAUUCACUUUUCCCUGUAAACAACAUGCUUCCAGCAUUUUAACUUAUGCCUUAUUUUAUUAUAUACGUUUAAGAAUGUGCCAAUUUGCGUUUCAGUUCAAUCAAACUCUGAAAAAAACAUCUUCUAUCAAAAGAAAACUUUCCAAAUUAGAAAGCAGUUAAAAUUCUAUACAAAUAAGAGUCUAAUUUUUUAAGAAAAUGUAAAUUAUGUUUAUGUCUCGUUAAAAGCUGUAAAAAAUAUUUUGCAAAUUAUAAAACUUUCGUUUUUCAAAUCAAAGGUAGUUUUCUUUUCCUUAAAACAAGGCUUCAGCUGCGCUUAUCAG